AUGUUUGCCCGUAACGUUCUAUUUCUCGCUCUCGGCGCUGUCGCCUCCGCGCAAACUUUCGAAGGGUUCCCCAACAGUCUGACUUGCAAUACUGGCAGCGGCUCCGCCACCAUCACGAAGACUGAAGCCCAGGACGCUAUCGUGGGUCCCAAGGGGACCAAAGAAGACGACUCUGCCGCCAAUACUGCGUCUGGCAAGUGUGUAACACUCUCUGGCAUCCCUCUAUUCUCGACCGGCGUAUCUGGCAAAGGAACGGUCGGUUUUGCUUUCGACAAAGGUACAAAUACCUACCACUUUUGCUUCGCGCAAGGAGCUGUUGACUCGAGUGGAUACCCUUCUUCAUGCACGGAAAAUUAG